AUGGUUAAUUUCGGGAAAGAAAUAACGGACGUGCAGAUAAUGAAGAAACUGCACAAUAUGAAAUCCCGCAUCAAGGCGAAAACGGAUGUGAAUAAGACGGGAAACAUCAAGAUUUCCCUGAAAAAUUGGGAGCAGAUAUUUUUAAAGUUUUUGGACGGAGAUGACUGCAACCCAACUAUCCACAGAGUUCCUGGAGCUUGUGCAGUAGGUGGUGGUUCCACCUCUGUCAUCACAUCACCUAGGAAUUCGGAGGUAGCUGACACAGACUGCAUGUAUGAACAAGAGUCAAUUUUGCAGCUGCCAGUAAUUGUUCCAGCCGGCCACAUGGACCUCGUGGGCCCCGAAGUCGUCGUACCUUCACAAUCGCCUGCUUCGGGGCAUGGAGUGUGCUUAAACGUCGGCGAUUAA